AUGCACCCACUCUAUUUUGCCAUCGGUGGUCUUUGUACCUUGGCAACGCUUGGUAACCUGGCUGUUAUCAGUAGAGAUCGCUAUUUGGCAGUCCGAAGACCUGUGUGGUAUCGUAAUCACAUGACAAUAUCACGUGCUUUUAAGACAGUGUGUUUACCGUGGCUUAUCAGUAUGGUAUAUGCAGUUGCAACGUAAUUGACAAUACGUUUGGGAGGAGUUUACGCACCUGUGGUACUAGCUUUUGUUCACUUUUUUCCCCCUGUUAUGUAAUUGUCAUCGCGUUCUGUUAUCUUAGUAUUUAUUGUAGAAAAAAUAUUCAAAUGGGAAAUCUAAACGACGCCUUUCUAAAAAGGGAAAAACGAUUAGCUAACACAGUUUCUUGGAUCCUUUUGAUUCUGGUAUUGACCUACUUUCCUGGCCUUCCUUUUGGAGGUGUUUUGGUUGCAAAAGGAAUAAAUAGUCUGCCCUUUCGGCCUUAUUGCAUCAUUUUUGUCCAAUUAAAUGGAGCUUUGAAUCCUUUGUUAAACUUCAGUCGUAUCAGAAUGAUGCGCAAAGCAAUAAGAGACUUGUUAAGAUGCCAUCUGCAAUUACAGUCAUCAUGUCACUUGCCAACAAUAACAACAACAGCAACAACGAUAGCAUUGCCUAUCACAACAAUUCCCAUACAACAGCAACCACAGUAAUAACCCACACCAGCGGCAACAGCACUGACCAAGUUAACAGCAACAACAUAUGAGGAAAACGAUAAGUGUAGCAAUUUUAUCAACGAUCCCAUUCAAUACCAGCCUUGUUACAAGAUUACUUAGGUUGCGUGCUUGUUAAUGAGCAAUGAAACGCCAACACUGGCCCUAUUGCAAUCCUGUAAUUAUAAAAAAGCCAUUAUGGGCUGGAUAAUAAUUUAAUUUAGUGCUCAUUAUUGAAAGAUGGUUUGUAAUCAAUAAAAUAUUCAUCAAAACGUGAUGGUUCAGUGUCUUUAUGUAGUAGGUCAUAUUAAUAUAUUUUGGUAACUGUACACGCAACUAGCACUAAAUUACCCAGACUUCAACAGUAGGGUUAGGACAAGCUCUCAGCUCGCGAGUGAGUUGUGUAAGAGAAAUAUUAUAAGACUUUGUAUGGGUAAAAUACAUCAAAACUUGCUACCUUGUCUGCUUGUUUUGUUUGUGAUAUGUUCUUAGCAUUUCUAGCCGUUUCAGCCCGAUUUCAGUGACUUUUAGUUUUACCGUUGAUGUCGCUGAAAUCCGGCGCUGAAACGGCCAGAAAUGUUAAGAACAUACCACAAACAAGACAAGCAGACAAGGUAAGACGUUUUGAUGUAUUUUUAUUUCUAUUUUAAUGCCCUAAAUAGCAAUCGAUAAAUUUUCCAUACAAACUCUUAUAAUAUUUCUGUUACGCAACUCACUCGCGAUGGAAAAUUUGUAAUUAAUUAAAAGUGUUUGCUCCUGAUUUGCAGAAUGUGUCGGCAGUUGAGUUCUCCCAUUUGCAAUUGAUUAUGUUCCAGUUAACCAAGAUCUCAUGCUCAUUAUGCAUCAAUCCAGGAAUACAUGACUAUUUUAAAAACACUUUCAACAUUGUUGGCAAAUCUUAAUGUUUAAAAUGAUAAAAACGGAUACUAGGGAAAUACAGAACAGUUCGAUUCUUUUUUUUACAAUUAUAGCAACUGGAUAACUUAGUACUGAAAUUGAGUGAUGAGUAAACCCAUUCCAUCCCAUCCCAUCAGGGUCAUCUUUAUUUAAUAUUCGUCAAUUCUUUUGCAUUCAAGGUCAAAUCUAAAAUGAAUAUUAUUUGGAACCUGAUUUAAGUAAUUAAAAAGUACUCCUACAAAAGAAUUACGGCACGAUAUCUACCGCUGUAUAACCGUGAAUCAUUUCAUACUAGUUCCAGACUGUCAGUAAAUAGUGCUUUCACUUUGCUCGUUUCUUACAAUUUCUCGCAAAAAUGUGAAAACAAAAGACUUUUAUUCUUUCAAAUCUGUCAGGCUAAAACAUGUUGUAACCUGAGGCAAAGAACUAUCUUCAGAGUCAGGGUGCCACUGGAGAGACUGGCGGAAUUUUUUGAAAAUGGGACGUGUCGUGAUAACAUGGGUUCGUUGAAUCGUUGGAUUUGUUGAAUGUGGCCUUUAACAAACCCAGUUAUAAACUCGAAAUCCGAAGUUACAAGUUCGUAUUUUGUACUUCAGGAUUGGACCAUGGCUGUGCAAAACUCAAGCCAGUUUUUCUAGGAAGCGUGCCUGAUUGACCUUCCAACUGAUGUUCAACAACAGAUCGAUACUAAUAACAUUGGCAACUACGCUUUCGUUCCUCUGAGUUUUAUUCUUUGGCUUUUUUGUCAUUUGUUUUAAAUACGUUUUUUUUAUAAUUGUGGCACGAACCAGAAAAAUUGAGAUUGAAGUUGCUGAAUGCGCACUGCGGUGAAGUUGUAGUAAUUUUUGGAUUAUAUGUCUUUAAUGCUUUCGAGGCAGACCGUAGAGGAGAAAAGCCCCAUCUUAAGGGCUUACACAAACCUUAAAGAAAUGUCCAGGUAGGGGGGAGGAGAACACUUCACUUGUAUUUGACUGGAUCAUGAACAAAUUUACCUCUGGGUCUACAAUGAAAAUAUUCUUGAUAUAUACAAAAUUCUCUAAGUGAAAUAAAGCAAAACAGGUUUUUCCUACAAAUAUUUUCUCCGUCGAAGGCGCAAAGAUGAUUGCCGUGUUACUGGAAAAAAAAAAGAAGAAGAAUGAAAGAAUAAAGAAAAAACUAGUGGGUCAAAAAAUCUUUAAUUGAUGGUAAAUUCUAUUAGUAAUCUUAAUCGAAAUCUAAAUGGGUAGUAUUGUUAUUGGUAAUUCUGAUUUUUAGUAAGAUCAAUUAAGCGUGUUCCCCUUUUCUUUAUUUCUGCUUUGCGGCAGUAAUUUAAAAAAGUAAUAAAUCCAUUAAAUGCUUUGAAGCAAUUACGUAUACUCUUAAAUGAAAUGCGAAAGACAGCCAAUUGAUUCAAUGCAAAAAGUAAAUUUUGAGGUAAUAACUGUGUUUUUAUUAGAACAAGCAUCCCCGACGCUUUUUUAAUCCAGAAAACAAAGAAUGUGCCCAUUGCACGCAAAGAAAAAUUGAUUAUUUUAUGAUGAAAUACUGGGUAGAGAGAGAGCUAGGAUUUUGUAGCGAAAGCAAUUGAGAUACGUGUUAACGAAUUUCUUGCUGCGCAAUAAAUGACGAAGAAAAUAGUGAAAAACUGUUUCCGACAGGUGUUUCAAUAUUAAGUAAACCAUUCCCGUUAUUAUCCAUUUAAAAUUCCUGCCAAUUAAACUAACUAUUAUAACCAAUUUCUCUUAAUUGAUCAAUCAAGAAAUACUUAACUAUAAACACUUUCAACAAUGUUGCUAACUCCCAAUGUUUGCACUGUACAAGAAUAUAUAAGAGACAUCGAGAAUACUUAAUAUCAGUCAAUUUCAGCCUGAUAUCAGUUACAUGAGGGACAGCCAUAAUUCAUGAAAACCAACGGAAGAAUUUUAUAAGAAAACAUAUCUUGAGUCAAGGUAAAACUCUGAUGUCCUUUUUAAUAAAUAGAAACAUGUUUGCAUUAUUCUUUUUUUGGUCUGCAGCAAAAUUAUAAAAAUUACUAUCAUUUUAAACCGAUAUACUAAAUAAGAGAGAGAGGGAGAGAGAGAGAGAGAGAACUAAGCAUUUCAUGAAAAUCUACUUUUCUGGUAUAGCAAUGAAUGUCGUCGACUUCGUUCAAAUUCUUGAUGUCUGAAGUAAUAUCUAGUUAGCGACCAUUAGUAAAAAGUACUAACUAUUUGUGCGUUUCUUAAAAUUUAUGGCAAAAAAAUGUAAGGAAAAAAGACUCACCUUUGCUGAAACAUGGCUUGAGUGUUACCAGUAACUGACCCUAGGGAAAAGACAUAAUGGAAACAGGAAUUUCUAAUAAAUACCCAUUUUUACCCGCGCGGAAUCAAAGUUCCACGUUCUUGUUCAGUUUCCUUUUGAUUUUCUCUUUUUUUUAACUUAAGGAUGCAAUUAAGGCUGGGCAAAACUCCAGCCAGUUUCCCUACAAGGCGUAUAUUCGACACCACAUACUUCACAUUGGCAACUACGUUUUCUGUCGUCUGCGUUUUAUUCUGGCUUUUUUUUCCUUUGUCUUUAAUACGCUUGUUAUCAUUGCUGUGUCAAUAAAUGCGUCAUUCAACUCACCCAUAUAUGUCACUUAUCGAAUAUCCCUGAAUUGAAGUCCCAUGUUCUUUUUUCAAAUUUCAGGAUAGAAUCAUGGCGGCGCAGAACUCCAGUCAGUAUCCCUACGAGGCGUGCCUGAUUGAUGGCCUUUCAAGUGAUGUUCAACACCAGAUACUUAACAUUGGCAACUACGUUUUCCGUCCCCUGAAUUUUAUUUUGGCAUUUUUGGCAUUUGUCUUUAACACGCUUGUUAUUACAGCUGUGGCACGAACCAAAUCCCUUCAAUAUCCCGCGAUGUUUAUAAUGUGCAGUUUGGCAGUAACUGACGUAAUAUUCCCACUGUAUUCUAUGUUCAGAUACAUAGAAACAUUCACACAUGAACACAUGUGUGCAGCAACAUCGCAUGAGCACCCUUUCUAUUUUGCCAUCGGUGGUCUUUGUACCUUGGGAACGCUUGGCAACCUGGCUGUUAUCAGUAGAGAUCGCUAUUUGGCAGUCCGAAGACCUGUGUGGUAUCGUAAUCACAUGACAAUAUCACGUGCUUUUAAGGCAGUAUGUUUAGCGUGGCUUAUCAGUAUGGUAUAUGCAGUUGCAACGUACUUGUCAAUACUUUUGGGAGGAGUUUACGCACCUGUGGCACUAGCUUUUGUCCUACUUUUUUUCCCUUUUUAUGUAAUUGUCACCGCGUUCUGUUAUCUUAGUAUUUAUUGUAGAAAAAAUAUUCAAGUGGGAAAUCUAAACGACAUCUUUCUAAAAAGGCAAAAACGACUAGCUAACACAGUUGCUUGGAUCCUUUUAAUUUUGGUAUUGACCUACUUUCCUGGUCUUCUUUUUGGAGGUGUUUUGGUUGCAAACGGAGUAAAUAAUCUGCCCUUUCGGCCUUAUUACAUCACUUUUGUCCAAUUAAAUGGAGCUUUGAAUCCUUUGUUAAACUUCAGUCGUAUUAAAAAGAUGCGGAAAGCAAUAAGAGACUUGUUUAGAAGCCAUCCGCAAUUACAGUCAUCAUCACUUGCCAACAAUAACAACAACAGCAACAACGAUAGCAUUACCUAUCACAACAAUUCCCACACAACAGCAACCACAGCAAUAACCCAUACCAGCAGCAACAACUACACUGACCCAGUAAUAGCAAUGACAUAUGAGAAAAACGAUUAA